GAUGACGCCUUGCUGAGCCGAAUCAUGGUUCAGGGUCCGGAUCCCUCCAUGCUAGGGCAUGGACCGGUGUCCUUCCUGGAUGGCCUUAGGUUCAGACUGAAACUCGACUUCCCCAUGAGCGAAGUCUUCACGGACCGUGCCCUGCUGCAGUAUACAAGGUUGUUCCGGAUCAUUGCGCUUGCCCACCAUGCGCUGGAGCGCCUGAAGGAUGCAUGGUCUGCUUUGGCUGGCUUGAGAGACUCAGGCGCAAGAGGAUCUCUUCCCCCGCCGACGGCCCUGAUCGCCUUUCGUCAUGAACUCCACUACUUUACAGCCACGAUUCACCGGUACCUUGUCGUGGAUGUUGUGGCCACAGAAUUUAAGCACUUGGAAAACAAGGUCUUCGAGGCGUCGUCUCUGGAGGAGCUCCUUGAUGCCCACAACAGCUGCCUUCGGCGCUGCGUGGCUCGAAGCUUUCUAGAGGCGGGCUCCCAGGACGCCCUGACAGCCGUAGUGGGCAUCUUGGACCAGGCUCUGGAGCUGGCACACUUGCUGGAGGAGAUUGAUCUCCAGUCGUCGCUACCGGCUUGGGCCAUCGCACGCUUGCGGAGGAUCGAGACGACUUUCUCCGAUCUGAGGAGAAGCUUCAAGCUUUGCUACGUGGAGGGAGGCCUUGCUGAAGCGCAGACGCUCGUAGAGGAGGUGCUGCCAACAGCCUACGAUCUGGGCUGA